UUUGGUUAGAUCUCGCUUCGUUUACAUGUAGUGCGUGCCCGACAGUUCAACGAAAAUCAAUGCCGAUUUUUUGAGGAAACCCGCUAGAGAAAUGGCCACUGAAAUUCUGAAAUCGUUCGACGCGUUGCGCAGCGAACUCGAGCAAGCUAAAAACAGUUUGAAAGGCGUCGACGAGAACUUGAAACGUCUUAUAGGAAGGGACCCGUCGGAGCUGCCUGCCAGGCCCGAUGGCGGCGUUAAAAGGCCCCUUAACGAUCGAUUAUCGCGUCAAGGGGCGAAAAUAAUCCGUCGAAAUUUCGAAAACAACGACCCACCGCCCAGACGUCGAAAUCCGAACGCUAUAUCCGUGUUUCAGAGGUUAUCUGAGCGGCCUGUAUAUGAAGAAGUACAGAAACCUGCGAAGGGCCUCAUUAGUAAGGUAAUCGUCACGCCAAAGGAGGUACCGAGCAGGCAGAAAGCGCUCGAAGCACAAAGCAAAGAUGAAAAAUUCAAAGAGAGAAACCGGAGGAUGUUUGGCGCGCUGUUGGGCACCUUGCAAAAGUUUCAACAGGAAGAGAACAAACUGAAGAAGAGGGAGGAGAAGAAGGCGCAGGUGGAGAAGAAAAUCGAGGAGCACGAGAUAAAAGAGAAAGAGGAAAUACGGAAGGAACGGCAGGAGUUGUUUUACAACAGGCGGAAGAAGCAGGCUGAAAUUAAGAUGCUCGAGCUCAAGAUGUUGAGGAUGAGAGAGCACACAGCAUGGGAAGAGAAACAAAAACCGAGGAUGAACUUUAUUAUCAGCAAAGCCAAACCUCAUUUGCAUUACCUACCGAGGAGAAUGACAGACAAGGCGAGGCAGUUGCUUGAAGUGUCGCGGAGUGAAGUAGAGAAGGAAAUCGAGAAGAAACGCGCGGCAGUGGCGGACGAGCUGAAACGGAUCGAGGACCGCAUGCGCCGCAACUUCGAGCACAAAUUCGGCGCGAAGGACAAGGAGGCGGUCGUCGCGGAACAAGAGGUCGAUCACGCCGAAGAAGACACCGAGCUCGACUGUCACUUCGACGACAUCGUGAUGGACUCGCCGAAAAACAACGGCGACGGCAAAUCGAUUAUGGCGACGACGACGGUAAAGGAGGAGAACGAGGCGGUGCCUGAGACAGUGGCCGACAGGCAGGAAGAAGUCACCAAAGAGAGGCGGGGCGAAAAGGAAAGGAAAUCGAGCACGUCAUCCGACGAUACUGACCGCGGUGUCGAUCCCAAUGUUAAAAACAAAGAAGAUGAGGAGGAAGAAGACGAACAGGAGCCGGUUAGGGUCGAUGAUGUAGCUCCCGUGGCGGACGAAAACGGCGGGGUAGCAGGGCAGGAUAUCUGCGACCAGAUCCCAUCACCACCAGGAUACCCGAAUGCCCUCGUUGGGAAUGAGGAAAACGGCGACACCCAGCCUGCAUAUAUGGGUGAGGCCAACGACGUCACUUAUCCUGGCGCUUACGACGCGGUUUACCCGCCGGACGUGAGUGCGCCGCCCCCGUCGUACGGGGAAGACGGUCAUGGGUUACCCUCUCAUACUAACCCCGACGGGUAUGACCACCAAGAGUACCCGGGCGGCGGCACGGGGCCUGUACAAAUAAACUAUCCGCCGUCCGACGGCUACUAUGAGGGGCAACAGAACUACGCCCCAGGGGACGAUCAUUCGAACUACUUUUACGACCAGCGAUGAUGGUAGUGGCGCGAAACAAUACCGAAACGUUUGUGAAUACGGAGACCCGGUUCGGCGAGGAGGCGUUUUUCAAUUUUUCUUCGGACGUCAAUCGUGAGGUGGCGCCGCAAACGCGUAACCUUUUUAUUUUUAAUCGUCAGUUGUAAUUUUAGUGUGAACGGAAGGAGAUAAAAUUGUAAAUAAAAUAAAAGAGUUGCUAUUGAAAACACUGUUUUUCAUAUAACUUUCAAAUUUAAUAAAAAUGUGGCAGCA